UGUCAACGCCAUCCCAAAGGCAAAAUAAAUAUGUAUGGAUUGCGAUUAAGAAGAAAGGUCAAACCUCUAAGCUAGCUUUCUGAGGAGGUAAACCAUGGAGGGAGAGCUCAACAACUUUAUCCUGGUAUGGAUCUCGGCGGCCGCCUCCCUCUGCUACUGCCACACUGCCUCGAAGCUCGUCCCGGCCGGCCUCACGAGGCUGCUCUGCCUCGCCCCCGUGGUCUGCUUAUUCUUGGCCCUCCCUCUUAGGCUUACCACCCUCUCCCUCAGUAGCCUCUCCUCCUUUUUCCUCUCCUGGCUCGCCAACUUCAAGCUCCUCCUCCUCGCCUUUGGUGAGGGCCCUCUUUGCUCCAACCCGCCACUCACACUCCCUCGGUUCCUUGCCAUUGCCGGCCUCCCCAUCAAGCUCCAGACUCUUCCUCAUCCAAACGAGGAGAAUGUAGCAAAGAAGGAAGGCUUGAAGUCACUGCUGAACUAUGCCGCCAGGUGCUUGCUGCUGGCGUCCUUUGUGCCGCUCUACGAGAAGGAAUGGAUCCACCAAAAGCUCAUCAUGAUGAUGUACGCAAUCCACGUGUAUGUCAGCCUUGAGGUCAGCCUUGCCAUCGUCGGCGCAGCAGCUUGGGCCUUCACUGGCAUUGGCCUUGAGCCGCAAUUCGAUGAGCCCUAUCUCUCCACUUCCCUCCAGGACUUCUGGGGCCGCCGCUGGAACCUCAUGGUGACAAGCAUCCUCCACCCUUCCGUAUACAAACCCAUGCGGUCUAUCUCUGCACGAUGGUUUGAGCGGAGGUGGACUGCAGUGCCUGCGGCCUUCUCGGCCUUCCUUGUGUCGGGGUUGAUGCACGAGCUGGUUUUCUACCACAUAGGGAGGAGGGACCCCACUUGGGCCGUUACGACUUUCUUUUUGCUCCACGGAGUUUCAGUAGCUGUGGAGAUCGGUUUAAAGAAAUCAAUCCGGUGGCGGCUGCCAAAGGUUGUUUCCUGCCCCCUGACUGUGGCAUACGUUGUAGCAACAGGGUUGUGGCUGUUUAUCCCAGCACUGAUGGAGUGCGAUGCCGUGCCUAAAGCCCGAAGGGAGACCGUGGCUCUGAUAGAGUUUGUAAAGCAUUGUUGGAGCAUUUUACAAUUUUGCUCCAUCACCAUCUGGAGUAUAUUUAAAACCUAACGAGCUCUUUUGUAAUCGAAAAAACUUAGGGAGCUCCAACUACAUGUGUGGACAGAAUUGCAUUUAGUUGAAACUUUGUCAUGGUACAAGGAAGAGUUCAUGAGAGAGAACUGUAAUGGGGUAUGUUUAUAAUACAAUUCGUUAAGGAUUGGAUAUAUAGGUGCUUUCAAAUAAAUUACUUCAAUUUUUUAACAAAUAAAAUA